UGAUUACUGGCUAAUUAAUUAAAAAACGUGGGGUAAAAAAAAAAAGAUUGAAAAGAAGAAGAAACCGCCAAGUAACCGUCGUAUGGGGUACAAAAGGCAAUGAGCGUGGAUGGGGAAAAGGUUUUGGUUGAAUAUGAACGCAGAAGCAACUUGUUCGUCUUCUUGUUUAUUUGUGGGGAAGAAGCGUAGCAGAAUGGGGGAUGAUGCGUGGAAGGGGAAGAGAUCAGAGGCGGAGGGUGAGCCUCGUCCGUGCACGGAAUGCGGGAAGAAGUUCUGGUCAUGGAAGGCUCUCUUCGGGCACAUGCGAUGCCACCCUGAGAGGCAGUGGAGAGGGAUCAAUCCUCCUCCGAAUCUGAAUCUGAUGAGAGCACAACAGCAGCCGCGUGAUGAGCAGGUGAGCGUGAGCAUGAGCAUGAGCAUGACACAGGAAGACCACGAGGUGGCUGCAUGUUUGCUUCUUCUUGCAAAUGCAAAUGCAAAUGCAAAUGCAAAUGCAAAUGCAAAUGCAAAUGCAAAUGCAAAUGCGUCUUGUUCUGAUCAGUUCGAGUGCUCCAGUUGCAACAAGGUGUUCGGGUCCCACCAGGCUCUGGGAGGGCACCGCGCGAGUCACAAGAACGUGAAGGGGUGUUUCGCCAACAGUGAGGAGAACAACAAUGGACACAAGUGCAGCAUAUGCCAGAGGGUCUUCUCCACUGGGCAGGCUCUUGGAGGCCACAAGCGGUGUCAUUGGGACAAACCCUUUCACUCUCUCGACUUGAAUCUCCCUCCCCCUUCCUCCUCCUCCUCCUCUCCUCCCCUCACUCUUGAUUUGACUUUGGGACUUUAAUUAGGUAUUACAAUACUCCUCUCCUCUUAUUGUAUCCCUUUUUUAAUUCUUAUUAUUAUUCUCUCUCAUUCCCUUACCUAUAUAUCUUCAUCUUCUCCCAUUAUUACAUU